AUGUCUGUUCGAGCUACUACAUUGUUCGCUAGUGUUGUCUCUCUGCUCGCUGCGUCGAGUGCAGCAACUAACAUCACCAACUCUUCCUCCCCUUGGAUCGACUGGCGUACAUUCAAAGCCAACGGUGUGAAUCUUGGUGGAUGGCUGGAACAAGAACAAUCCAUGGAUCAAGCCUGGUGGUUCAAACACAGCAACGCCAGUGACGAAUGGAACUUUUGCAAAGGCCUUGGUGCUCAAUGUGGUCCUAUCCUAGAAGAAAGAUAUGCCACUUUCAUCACCAAAGCACAUAUCGACAAGUUUGCCUCUGUGGGAGUGAAUUUGCUGCGUAUUCCUACCACGUAUGCAGCUUGGAUCGAUGUCCCUUGGUCGGAGCUGUAUUCUGGCAAUCAGCAGAAGUGGUUGAGGGAGAUUGUCGAGUAUGCUAUUGAUGAGUAUGGCAUGCAUGUUAUUAUUGGACUGCACUCACUCCCUGGCGGUGUCAAUGCUCUAGAUAUCGGCGAAGCUGUCGGUCACGCCUCUUGGUUCAACAACCAAACAAACCUCGCCUUAUCCCUCGACGCCGUCCGCAGCGUCCUGGACUUCAUAACCUCCUCCCCCACGCCCCACUCCUUCACCCUCGCCCCCAUAAACGAAGCCAUCGACAACCCCUCCGGCCUAGGUCAAUCCACCGCCCUCACGAACAAUGGCUCAGCAUGGGUGACCCAUUACAUCCAGCAAGUAAUCCCCCUGGUCGAAAUCACCAACCCGCACAUCCCCAUAAUGCUCCAAGAUAGCUGGAAAGGUGCAUCCUUCUGGUCCUCCUUCUUCCCCUCUUCCAAAAACCUCGUCAUCGACACCCACAUCUACUACAAUUGGAAACAAACCUACGCCUCCAAUGUAACUUCUCUGGUUUGCGCACAAGCCGCCACCACAUCCGGUGAUGGCAAGUUUCCAGUUUUUGUGGGUGAGUGGGCCAUUGAAUCGACAUUUGGAAAUGAGUUGCAGAGGAGGAAGGGUAUUUUUGAGGUCAUGAGGUAUGCGUGGAGGAACUUCAAUAUUUCUGGUUCGGCUUUUUGGUCGGGUAAAUACGAGGGUAAUGCCACUGUGGAUGGAGAGGGGUUGCAGAGGGAUUAUUGGGGUUAUGCGAGCUUGAUUGAUGCUGGAGUUGUGGAAGAGGUGGACGAAAGUGCUGUCUUUUGUUAG